AAUGAGUUGGGAUGCCAAACUUCCAAUUUGACCUCUGUUUGCUUUUUCAUUUGUUGGUCAAAACACCCCUCUUGCACAUCUCACGUCUAUCUUCUGUCUCACUCGCAUUUCUACAAACGAACUGACUCAGAGAAAGGACGCAGCUGACAGCCCUCAAGAUUAAAAUUCCGAAAGAAGAAACGCUCGUAGGCAUCAAAUCAGCAACAGAAGUUCGAAUUGAAGGCAGUAGUUGAAAUGAAGAAAGAAGGAGCCGAGGAAACAAGUAUGGAGAUAGUGAAGAAGUUUUUGGAGAAAGAAGGUGAAAUGGCAAUCGCCAUGGAUGGUCUGCCCGACAAGUUCUUUGAGCCCUUCAUCCUGAAAGGCGUUAAUAUCGAUCUCCUUGAACCCGGACACAUUGUUUGCUCCUUCACAGUUCCCCCGCGUUUGGUGAACGGGGGCAAUUUCUUGCACGGUGGAGCCACAGCAACCCUUGUGGAUUUGAUAGGAUCAGCUGCAAUCCUCUCCUCUGGAGCUCUCAGUUCCGGAGUUUUGGUGGAGAUCAAUGUGUCGUACUUGGAUUCGGCUUAUCCUGGCGAGGAAGUUGAGAUCGAGUCCAGGACGUUACGUGUCGGGAAGACUGUUGGUGUUGCUAGUGUUGAGAUCAGGAAGAAGAAGACUGGGAAGAUUGUUGCUCAGGGCCGUCAUACAAAGUACCUUGCUGUUUCUAGCAAACUCUGAACAGCUAGGAAUUUGAACCAAGACAUGCUAUUCGCUGCUUACCACUGCCGCAAUUAGACUCCUUGCGUUCUUCAAAUCCAGGUCCCUGAAAAACAGACGGAGAAAAAGGUCAGAUUAAGCAAAUUCAGGAUACAUUGACAAGUUCUUGCCGUUGCUCGUAAAAACAGACAUUCUAAAACCUCUUAGGAUUCCUAACAAGGAAUUACAAUUGCAAAAUUAUUAUAUAUGGCCAAAAAACUAUCAACCAUAUAACGAGAUAUAACAUUUCCUAUUUCCUCAAGUCUUCCAUUAGCUGCUCGAUUAGCAAACAACCUGUAUAAAGAUCAUGGUUUCACAUAUUUAGGUUUUAUCCUGCCAUAGCUUGUACAACUUCGAUAGACCUUUAUUCCACUAUACAAAAAUUGGUGUCUGCCGACUGACCAGACAUAAACAAGUAACAUGUGACGACUAUCAAAGUUUGACAUACUAUUAGUCUACCAGGUUUGUUUGGCUUU